AGUAAAAGCAGCUCUGUACUGAAAUGAAUAUCCCAUAUCGUCCCUCAAACCCUAGACACACACACAUACUCUCUCUCUCCCCUCUCCUUCACUUUCUGAAGGUAAAAAAUGACUGAGCCUUCAAAGGUCAUUCACGUUCGCAACGUGGGCCACGAGAUCUCUGAGAAUGACUUGCUUCAGCUAUUUCAACCCUUCGGCGUCAUUACCAAACUUGUAAUGCUUAGGGCAAAAAAUCAGGCUCUCUUGCAAAUGCAAGGCGUUCCAUCUGCUGUAAAUGCAUUACAGUUCUAUUCAAAUGUUCAACCCAGCAUCAGGGGGAGAAAUGUUUAUGUACAAUUCUCAUCUCAUCAAGAACUGACAACCAUGGAUCAGAACUCCCAAGGGCGAGGAGACGAGCCUAAUCGAAUUCUCUUAGUUACGAUACAUCACGUGCUAUAUCCUAUAACUGUGGAAGUGCUGCAUCAAGUGUUUUCACCUCAUGGAAUUGUUGAAAAGAUCGUGACAUUUCAGAAGUCGGCUGGUUUUCAAGCUUUGAUUCAGUACCAAUUACCCCAGAAUGCUGUUUCUGCUAGGAACUCUCUCCAGGGGCGUAAUAUAUAUGAUGGUUGUUGUCAGCUUGAUGUACAAUUCUCAAACCUAGAUGAAUUGCAAGUGAACUACAAUAAUGAACGCUCGAGGGACUUCACCAACCCAAAUCUACCAUCAGAACAGAAGGGCAAAUCUCCUCAAGGAUAUGGAGAUGCAGGAGGCAUGUACUCCUUGCAAGGUUCCGGGCCUCGUGGAGUUGGAUUUCCUCAGAUGGGAAAUGCUGCAGCAAUUGCAGCUGCCUUUCCUGGUGGUUUGCCUCCUGGCAUAAGCGGGACAAAUGACAGGUGUACUGUUAUUGUAUCUAAUUUAAAUCCAGAUAGAAUAGACGAGGACAAGCUUUUUAAUCUGUUCUCCAUUUAUGGAAACAUCAUCAGAAUUAAGCUCCUACGGAAUAAACCAGAUCAUGCUCUGGUUCAGAUGGGUGAUGGUUUCCAGGCAGAGCUAGUUGUGCACUUUUUGAAGGGUGCCCUGUUAUUUGGUACGCGGUUGGAAGUCAACUAUUCAAAGCACCCAAAUAUUAUCACUGGACCAGAUACACAUGACUACUCAAACUCAAAUCUCAAUCGUUUUAACCGGAAUGCUGCCAAAAACUACCGGUACUGUUGCUCCCCUACCAAAAUGAUCCACCUGUCAAGCCUGCCCCAGGACGUGACGGAGGAAGAGAUCGUGGCCCACAUGGAGGAGCAUGGUACCAUUGUCGGUACAAAGCUUUUUGAAAUGAAUGGGAAGAAGCAGGCUCUUGUUCUUUUUGAAAAUGAGGAGCAAGCAACUGAGGCAUUGGUGUGCAAACAUGCUACAUCGCUUGGCGGCUCGAUCAUUCGGAUUUCCUUUUCUCAGUUACAAAACAUCUGAGAUGCCUUCCUUGAUGCAAAUAUUAAAGAAUACUAUGGUAUUGUAGAUUCAAUAUUGACAAUUGAACAAUGGCUUUAACUGUGGUUAUAACUUGAGUUUCUUCUAAUAUUCUUCCUUUCCUCAUCCAUUAUUGUAGUUCUCUUUUCUUUGAGCUCAGGGUAUAUUGGGGAGAUUGAAGAGUUUUGUACUAAUAGGGUAGUCAAAAUUCUGUAAUAGAGGUGUUUUCUUCCUUCAUUGCAUAUCACUUGCUGUCCA